AUGGGGCGAAUCGGAGACGGUGGCAACAAAAUGGCCAGUCGCUGCGAGAUGGGACCCAGCCAACCCCACCACCCUCUCCUGCCCCACCGAGCAGUCUGCGGACAGAACGACGUAGUCAGCGUCGACGAUGAGGGCAACGCGGUGAGACCGGCCACAGGGUCAACACACCGGCCAAUCACAUGCAAGCACGUCUGUCAGUCUGUGUCUCUGUGGCUGUGUACGUCUGACUGUAACAUCGCCGGUCGACUUGAGCAAGGCAUCACUCAGCUUUGCGCUUCCCGUUUCAUUCCACGCCUCACCCGAUCCGCACCCACGCACCCACACACACUCCCACCCACGCACACACAUACAAGCACACACACACACAUUACAGACAUGAACAACCUGACAUUAGUUGGAGGGUAA